GCGGGCGUGCGGGCCGUGCGCCCUGGGCGCGCGAGGCGGUGAGGCCCCGGGAACCCUGUGCGCCGGGACGCGCGAGCCGGCAUGGCGAUGCACGCCCUCACUGGCCUCUCGCUGGUCAGCCUGCUUAGCUUCGGCUACCUGUCCUGGGACUGGGCCAAACCGAGCCUGGUGGCCGACGGGCCCGGGGAGGCGGGAGGGGAGCAGCUCUCGGCCGCUCCACCCCAGCCUCCCCAUAUCAUCUUCAUCCUCACCGACGACCAGGGCUACCACGACGUGGGCUACCAUGGCUCAGAUAUCGAGACCCCUACGCUGGACCGGCUGGCAGCUGAGGGUGUCAAGUUGGAGAAUUAUUACAUCCAGCCCAUCUGCACGCCUUCGCGGAGCCAACUUCUCACUGGCAGGUACCAGAUCCAUACGGGACUUCAGCACUCCAUCAUCCGCCCUCGGCAGCCCAACUGCCUGCCCCUGGACCAGGUGACGCUGCCCCAGAAGUUGCAGGAGGCAGGGUACUCUACCCACAUGGUGGGCAAGUGGCACCUGGGCUUCUACCGGAAGGAGUGCCUGCCCACCCGCCGUGGCUUCGACACCUUCCUGGGCUCGCUCACGGGCAAUGUGGACUACUACACCUAUGACAACUGCGACGGGCCGGGGGUGUGCGGCUUUGACCUGCACGAGGGCGAGAGCGUGGCCUGGGGGCUCAGCGGCCAGUAUUCCACUCUGCUCUACGCCCAGCGCGUCAGCCACAUCCUAGCCAGACACAGCCCCCGGCAGCCCCUCUUUCUCUACGUGGCCUUCCAGGCAGUGCACACGCCCCUACAGUCCCCUCGUGAGUACCUAUACCGCUACCGCACCAUGGGCAACGUGGCCCGGCGGAAGUACGCGGCCAUGGUCACCUGCAUGGAUGAGGCUGUGCGCAACAUCACCUGGGCCCUCAAGCGCUAUGGUUUCUACAACAACAGUGUCAUCAUCUUCUCCAGUGACAAUGGUGGCCAGACCUUCUCAGGGGGCAGCAACUGGCCACUGCGGGGACGCAAGGGCACUUACUGGGAAGGUGGGGUGCGCGGCCUGGGCUUCGUCCACAGCCCCUUGCUCAAGCGGAAGCGCCGGACCAGCCGGGCGCUGGUGCACAUCACUGACUGGUACCCGACCCUGGUGGGUCUGGCCGGUGGCAGUGCCUCGGCGGCUGACGGGCUGGAUGGCUAUGAUGUGUGGCCGGCCAUCAGUGAGGGCCGGGCUUCGCCGCGCACAGAGAUCCUGCACAACAUCGACCCGCUCUACAACCAUGCCCGGCACGGCUCCCUGGAGGCCGGCUUCGGCAUCUGGAACACUGCCGUGCAGGCCGCCAUCCGCGUGGGCGAGUGGAAGCUGCUAACAGGCGACCCCGGCUAUGGUGACUGGAUCCCACCGCAGACACUGGCCGCCUUCCCCGGCAGCUGGUGGAACCUGGAGCGCAUGGCCAGUGCCCGCCAGGCAGUGUGGCUCUUCAAUAUCAGCGCUGACCCCUAUGAACGGGAGGACCUGGCGGGCCAGCGGCCUGAUGUGGUCCGUGCCCUGCUGGCCCGUCUGGCGGACUAUAACCGCACAGCCAUCCCUGUGCGCUACCCCGCUGAGAAUCCUCGGGCCCACCCUGACUUUAAUGGGGGUGCUUGGGGGCCCUGGGCCAGUGAGGAGGAAGAGGAGGAAGAGGAGGAAGAGGCAGGCAGGGCUCGAAGCUUCUCACGAGGGCGCCACAAGAAAAAAUGCAAGAUUUGCAAGCUGCGAUCCUUUUUUCGUAAACUCAACACCAGGCUGAUGUCACAGCGGAUCUGAUGGGGCCUGCGGGGGGGAGGUGAGGAUCUCUGUCCCUCUAGAUGUACUUCCCCAUUCAAAACUGGCCGUGUCCCUCCCCAGGGAGGGGCCUGAGGUCAAGUCCCCAUCUGCAGGGAAAAAGAGGGCUUAGAGCCCCUCAGUUGAAGGAUGCAGGGCUUGGCUUGGGGAAGAAUAAACUAGAUUCCAAUCCUGC